CUCCUCCGUGGGUCAGGACUGUUCGUUGGUCUAGGCUCAGCCGGGAGGGCAGUUACUGGAAUGUUCGGGGUCGGUGGGGGGCACCCACAGUCAGCAAGGCCAGGCCACGUAGGGACACAGUGUGUAGAGCCGCCCUGGGCCUGGGGAAGCCCUGACACCUGCUGCUUGUGGUGGGCAGAGGAGGAGCCCAAGAGCAGACUGAGGCCACCAGAGAGGCUAAGAGGCUGACAGGCUCCCUGGGCACCAGGACAGGGGACCCACCCCCUCCCCCGACACCCCUGUGCUCCGCAUGGACAAGGACAGACAGACAGCUCCUCGAGGGCCCAUGGCCACAAGAGUCAGCCACACCAGCCCCUGCAACUGGGGCAGAGAGGCUCAGAGGAGGUAAAGGGACUGAAGGACCCGCUCACCAGGCUCCGCCCACUCCCAGGGCCCCUCGGGUCCCCAGCACCUUCCUCCAGGGCCUCCUGCGCUGCCCACUCCUCUGAAGGUCUUCAGUGACAGGUGUGGAUCCGGUUUGGAUGCUGAUGGAGAGGAAGGAGGCGGCCCCACGGGUGGCUCCCGCCCCCCACAAGAUGCCCCGCCCCUCUCCUGUGGGCUCAGCUUCAGUUUUCCAGGCUAAGGGAGGCCUCAAGGGCACAGAUGCCUCCUCCCUGUCCCACGGGGACAGGACAGGACUUGACGGCCCCUGGAGAGAUCCUGUGCCUUCUGGCUUCCCCUGGAAACGUGUGCCCGGCAGGCCUCCCUCGUGCUGUGCUCCUGGUCUCAGCCCUCCCUUCUGCCAGGAAAGGGCCUGGGCUGGAGGGAGAAGCCUGGAACCUGCCCGCGGUCCCUACUGGGCCAGCUGGGGCCACUUCCUAAACUCCCGGGGCCUCGGCCUUUUCCUCUUCCUCCCGCGGGAGACCCUGGGACAGCCUGUGAGCAGGGCCGACAGCUGGGAGUGGGGCGUCCAAGGGACCAGGGCUGAACAGGUGAUGCUCCUCAGAUGCCCGGGUUCAAGGCCUGUGGCGCCACCUGCUGGCCGUGUGCUGUGGGCACCUGUAAGAACCUCUUUGUGCCUUUGCUGUCCUGCCAAGGUGGUGGUAAUGAGGGAACCGCCUCCGCUGGCGUCUGCGCAGAGACCCAGGGCGCAUGUGGGCGUCUGGGCGAGGGUCAGCCCUCAUUCCGGUUCGCUGCGGGGAGAGCCUCAGAGCUGCAUGAGCUUUCUGAGCUCGGCCAUCCUUGUCCACCUCAGGCCUCAGUCCGGAGGCUGGUGGGAGCUAAAGGUUGGAUCGUCCUUCAGCAGCCUCCCGGGGAGCCAGGAGUCCUUCCCUCUGCACUCUCCAAGGCUCUUGUACCCUACUGUUGUCAUUGACAGAACUGACUCAUCAAGUCUUUCAUUUGAUUGGAACGUUUGCUCACAUUUUUUUUAACGUGCUUUGCUCAUUCACUUUGCUUGUGAGUUUUCUUUCACAUUUAUUUGGUUUUUCUGUUCCUUUAUUUGUAAUGUUGAUUAAAUCUUGAGCUUCUUUUUAAUAACAUGUUUUCCUCCUUUCUUUUUAGGAAUUCGUGUUAGGGAUGGUCCAAGGUUAUGCCCCACACUCUUAAGACAUUAUCUUAUUUAAGUUUCUGCAUGUAGUUCUUGUUCCCCCAAUUUAAAUAAAAUGAAAGAUUAUG